UUCUGUUGCUAUUCAUGCCAGUUGAUGCCAGUCCCAGUAUGCCACUUGAUUACUGAAAAGUCUGCGUUAUGCGUUAUCUGCGAUACUCUUCUCAGAUUUUUUUAGACUUUUUUUAUUUUCAAAUGCCGUUGCCGCUUUGGAUGAGGAUUAAUAAAAAAUAAACUGACCCUGAUCAUCUGACGUUUUCGCUUAAUCAUAUAUUGAAUUUAAUGCUAAUUUUGAGCCAAUAUGUUACGACUGGUUUCGACUCGAUCUCCGAUCGAAGACUACCGAUAUAGACAUAUACCUUAUCUCGAUAGCAGAUUAAUGUAGCGAGUUAUUAAUAUCUACACUUUUUUGCUCGUUUUUCUGUAUUCACUCAUCAUGUCAGCGACCAAGAAUGAAGAUAGCAAGGAUGAUAAUCUAAACAGGCAAGGUUCAUUUAGAAAGCUUGUGCCAGGAAACAAUAAUGGAGAUUCUCCAUUGAGCAUGUCUGUGAAAAUGAUAGACAGAUCAAUUGUGUCGCAAACCAACAAGCAACAUGCAGUUUUCUUGCAAGAAUACAACAUCAUGUCUGAGUACAAGAUGUUGUGCUCCCAAGAUUUAAAGGGGAUUUAUGUGAUACCGUCAGCCUUGAAUCCUUUUCUGUGGUUUGGUGUACAGUUUGUUCGACAAGGAAUCUACAAAGGCGGGGUUUUUAGAUUCACUAUUACAUUGCCUUCAAACUUUCCUCUUGGAGAUUGCCCUAAAGUUGUAUUUGAAACUCAAAUCUUUCAUCCAUUGAUAAACCCCGAAAAUGGAGAAUUGUGCACAUCGUGGGGAUUUCCUGAAUGGAGAAGGAACAACAGAAUUUGGCAAUUACUACAAUAUAUUACUAAAAUAUUUAUUAAACCAGAUACAAAAAUGACUCCGGUAAACGAGGAGGCAUCUAGUUUGCAGGAAAAUAAUUUCGAAGCUUUUCAAGAACGCGUGAAAGAGUGCGUGAAGGAAAGCGUAAGUCAGGUGUUUAAUACACCUACUGUAGAUGAUCCGCAUUAUAUUACGUUUAAUCCAUAUGUGAAUGAACUACAUGAUCCCAUUAAACGAGAAAUUUACGAACCAAAAGAAGACGAAGAAGAAAAUAAGCAAUUGGGUUUGUCAUGGGUACAACCCGGUUCGCUUCAGCCAUUUUCGAAACCAGAGGCGAGAUAAUGAAAAAAUUCAAAAUGAUGGCAAUCUAGUGAAAUAUACAUACGUUCUUAUGAGCUAUACAUACGAAGAAAUCAAUGCUAUCUUAGCAAUGGCGGUGCCGAUAAAGUCACAAAACUUGCCGGAAAAAAUAUUUUUCUAUUCAGAGAUUAUAUGUCUUAAUAUUUUAUAUGGAUCUAUAUGUGUUAAAAAAAGAGAAUAUCUCUAGAACAAAUUAAAAUAUAUACGAAAUACUGUAGUUAAAUUAAAAUAUAGAUUAUUAAUAUAAUUAUUUAUAAAUAUGGAAAAUUUUAUUAAUGUAUAUCUGAAUUAUUUCUAUACUUGAUGCACAUGAAAAACCUAUCAUUAUUCAAAUAAUGCAUGCAUCUUUUAAACAUAAUUAAUAUUGAAAUUAAAACAGAAAAAAAUUUUAUUUACAGAGAAUACAACAAGUUUUAAGGAGAGGAAAUAUGAACAAAUCUUAAUAAUAAAUAAUAUACUUUUAUAAGAGGUUAUUAAUUCCCUAAAUCUCGUGGAGUGGAAAAUCAUUCAAAAAUUGCACAAUUUUCACUCUUUUGAAGUGGCGUUUUAUUUUACGAGAUUUAGAGAAAGUGUAAUUGUUUAUAAAAUAGAAAGUUUUAUACAAGUCUUAUAUACAUAUAUAUACAUACAUAUAUUUAGUUUUAAUAUAUAAAUUAUUUUUAUUAAUUGUAAUAAAUUUAUUGCUCAAAAAAUGUAUUUUCUAAAUGUAAUGAAUACUGCAAUUAAAUGAGAAUACAAUAUUUGACAUUCC